CGGCAGCUACUUGGUUGGCAAAUAACCAACUUCGUCCACAACCGCAAUGGGGUGGGUCAGUUCCCGGGCGUAAAUACAUCCCUCGAUUUCGCUCCCGUGCGAACGAUGAUCUUAUGCAAAAGUACUUUGUAGAAAAUCCGGUGUACCCACCAGAAAUAUUCAGACGCCGCUACCGAAUGAGGCGUGAAGUUUUCCUUCGCCUACUAGACGAUGUCCAGUCAGCUAACCCCUACUUCAGGCAAAAACGUGACAACAAAGGGCAACUCAGCUUUUCGCCUCAUGUGAAAUUGACUUGCGCACUCCGAAUGAUGGCUUACGGACAAGUGGCCGACUCUCUUGAUGAAAACUUCAUGAUGGCUGAAUCUACUGCUAUAGAAAACUUCGGUGAAUUUUGUCGUACGAUCGUCAUCAUCUACCAGCAACGAUAUCUUCGAGCACCAAACAGAGAGGAUCUGGAACGGCUCUUACAGCGAGCCGAACGACGAGGCUUUCCUGGAAUGAUAGGUUCGCUCGACUACAUGCAUUGGCGAUGGAAGAACUGUCCAACUGGAUGGCAAGGAAGCUUUAGUGGAAAAUCAAGAAAACCAACCAUCGUUCUCGAAGCUGUGGCGGAUUUUGAUACAUGGAUCUGGCAUGCCUUUUUUGGAAUUCCUGGUACACAAAAUGACAUUACAGUCCUCGGGCGUUCACCACUGUUUGAUGCGCUCACUGAAGGUCAGUCACCACAAUUAGACUACCACAUCAAUAAUCAUAAUUAUAGCAUGGGUUACUAUCUCGCUGAUGGCAUCUACCCUAAGUGGGCAACGCUUGUCCAAGCAAUCAGACGCCCUCAAAAUGAAGCUGAAGCAUAUUUCACCACCAAACAAGAGGCCUUCCGCAAAGACGUUGAAAGAGCAUUUGGUGUUCUCCAGGCAAGAUGGGCAAUCAUUAGACAACCUGCAAGAGGGUGGAGUUUGGAAAAUUUGUCCAAUAUCAUGUUGGCAUGCAUUAUCCUUCAUAAUAUGAUUGUUGAGGAUGAACGUGCCGAUUACUACAGUGGCGAGUCUGAUGAUGACGAACCGGAUCCAAAUAGGUCCAGAAGGGCUCGAGCUCGCAUCUUAGACGAAGCCAGAGAAAAUUUGGAAAGGGAUCCAAGAUCCGGAAGAAUCAUCAUGUCGGAAUAUAUGUCUCGAUACAGAAUGAUACGUUCUCCUGUUGGCAACUGACAUUUACAAGAUGAUCUUGUCCAACACCUCUGGAGUCUGCGAGGUCAAGCACCAUGAAUUUGAUAUUUGCUAUGUGAUUGAGUUUUCAAAGCUUUCAAUUUCUGAUUUUAAUAAUUGUCAGGGUUGUCACUGACAAGUGUUUGCAUUUUCUUACUUUGUUGUGUAACUUUUAAAUGCUUA